ACGCCGUUUACGACCGUCAGUGAGGUAUAAAGCGGACACUGCCUGUGCUGUAAGGAGGAGGAGGAAGAGACUCACAUGGAUGGACGGGUGCAAAGUUUGACGAACGUUUUCUCAAGUGUGUGGGUGAAAUUGCAGUAAAAUCCUCCCAACCAUGUAUGAGCCUCGCUACUAUGAUAGCCCUCCGGUGUACAGCCCGCCUUACAGCACCACCUCCCAAGGCCUUUACCCCCAAAGGAGUGUUCACACACCCCAGAGCCAGUAUGUCCCUUACACCUAUAAUGUUCCUCCAGCCUCCUACUACAUGGAGGAGAAGCCUCAACACUUCUAUCGCUGGUUUUCUCCUCCUGGUUUUGUCAAAACCUUCAAAGGAGCUACAGUACUCAUGUGUUUCCUCAUCUUCGCCUUCGUGGCUUCAACCUUGGUAUGGGACAUGAAUGGAUUUGGGUACGGGGGCUACGCUGUUGGAGCUGGAGGAGGUGUUGCAGGGACGGAGUUGGGAUAUUAUGGAGGCAGCUAUGGCUACGGUAGCUCCUACAUGACACCACAGUCAGCCAAGGCGGCUAUGAUUUCAAUGGCGUCUAUUAACUUCUUGGUUUCACUGGGGUUCCUGGUGGGGAGUUUCUCACGGUCACGGAUCAUGCGUGGAUGCAGGUUCUACCUCACUGUGUUCAUUUGUGAUAUCAUCUUAGCUGUCCUUCAGGGCAUCAUCGACAUCAUCUUUGUGAUCGGGGUGAAUCCGAUGUCUCAGAGCUCACAGAGCAUGCUCUACAACCCCAUGCUGAUGAUGUGCCAGAACAUUCAGGGUAGUCCCAGUUUCAGCGGCAGCGCAGGGGCCGGUUUUCCAGGCGGGUUCCCCAUGUACAAUCAAUACCUGCACCAUUACUGCUACAUGGACCCAGAGGAGGCUGUUGCGUUAGUGUUGGGUCUGAUGGUGGUGUUGGUUCUGUCCCUGUCUGCUUACUACGCCUACAAGACCCGCAGCAAGAUUUGGCGCCACGGCAAAGCCAACAUCUACUGGGAUGAGCCGCUGGUCAGGCCGUCAGAGGGGCAGGAUGUGCAGGACUGGGUGAGAAGUGAAGUGAACCAUGUUGGAGACGUACGCAGCACCCAGCAGGCACCCACUGUUGUUGUAUCAGAGAGAGCAGCACCUGACCUGAGGGUGGAGAAUAGUGUGGUCUCCUAUGGCAACGGGACCGUCAGCAUCCACAGUGAGGGAAAUUAUAAAAGCAACAGUUUGUCUGCUGCAAACAGCAAUCGUCGGGGUGCAGAGCCUUUGUACCAGAACAGCAAGGUCACUGUUUGCACCAGCAGCUCCUCAGAUGAGAAUGACAGCAUCAGGAAACCUCUACCUUAUCAUACAAAGAGGGAACAGAGGAAAGACAGAGAGCCCAGGCCUGCUGCUCAGGAGGUGUUGGAGUCCCAGUAUGAAACUGGUUACACCACUGGAGACACUGGCAAUGAGCUGGACCAGGACCACACAGCUUACCUUUACAGGCUGUACCCCGAGAUCAUUUCAGACGAGCAGCGCCGGCAGUACAAGAAGGAGUUUGACUCUGAUCUGGCCCGCUAUAAGAGCCUCUGUGCUGAAAUGGAUGAAAUCAGUGACCAGAUGCACAAGCUGAGCCGAGAACUGGACGCAUUGGACGAGGGCUCCAUGAAGUACCAGGGUGUGGCAGAUGAGUAUAAUCGUCUCAAAGACCUGAAAAAGACGCCAGAUUAUCAAGCAAAGAAGAAACAGUGCAAAGAACUUCGGCAAAAGCUUUUCCACAUCAAACGUCUGGUGAAAAUCUAUGACCAAGGUCUUUGUUAGUGAGUUUUAAUCUGUCCAAACAUCUGAGGAUGGACACUGAACAAUAAUUUAUCCUAAUUUUCUCUUCAGUUCUACUGCUACAGUUCAGCCCAUACCAACAUGGCCCUCAUUUUGUCACUGAACCCCGGCUGUCUUUGACACUAAUGUUUACAACUUCUGUCUGAUUUUUGCAGCUGUCAGAAUAGAUUACUGUCGAGAUACAGCUAGACUUUUCUCUGUGUGGUUGUGAUAUAAACAGCUUGACUACAUUACUACUAAUAGUUCAAUUUAUUGGGGCGGCGUUCAAGCCCGGUUGGUGGAGCAGCCGCCCCAUGUGUGAAGGCUCAGUCCUUGCUGCGGAAGCCCAGGG